AAUCAGGUUACAGUAUGCAAAUUCAGGCAUUACGGCACGGUAUUGUCUCUAAAUCUGGUACUUUGAGUAAACAUGCUCCAAAUAGCUUUAAACAUACACAGUUAAGUUUAUUUCACAUGUCUAAAGUGCACCAUGUCUAAAGGUUUGCUGUGUAACUUAAGAGGCUGGAAGAAGAUUUGCUGAAGUACAAAAAAAUGUGAAGUGACUGGAGCAGCCGAGGCCACCUUUCAUCCCGUGAUCAUAAUCUGGACCAACAAGGAACCCUGCAGUGUCGCUACAGCACAGUGGGUUACAUCAUGAGGCUCAGCGAGGAUGAAGUGUUCCUGAAAAAAUAAAAUAAAGAGAAACCUGAGAGCUUUAAAUGACAUUCAGUGUAAUUUCGUAGGGUUUAUUGAACAGAUAAUUCAGUCGUUAUGGACUACUGUGGUUUCUUGUACAAUAGCGUCUUAUGAGGUGAGAGUUUAGUAGGAGUUUGUUUUGAAUGAAUCACUGGAUUAGAACACCUCAAAAAAUAUUCAGACUUUAAUAAGUUUUAACGUGUCCCAUGAAGGGUUAAGCCUCAUCUCUAUAAACUGAUAUUUUGUGCAUGUUGUUCAUCUCUAGUCCUCUACACACGAGUCCUUCUUCCUCACCGCUCCAUCGCUUGCCAUUUAUCAGCCCUGACAUGAGAACAGAGUGAUUCAUAAAGGAAUCAAUUUCUUUCCAGCGACCUGUUUGAGUCAUUCCUUUCAUCCGAGUUACUUUAGUUGAACCAAAAAAUCCAUCCAUAGUUGUAUGUAGUUUAAAUCUUACGCUUUUGUUUGUGAUUUCCUUUUAAACUAAUACAAAUAGUAAUGACGCCAUGGUUUGUUUCAAUGAAUCGAUUCAGUGAAAUGACUCGUAACUGGCAUCUCAGCGGAGCGAGCGGAUCAGUGCUCUGAGCAGUGGGACUCCACGUUAAUGAGCUCCGUCCUGCUCAGAAUUCAUACAUUUGUCCCAGAGCUCCUGGCUCCGACUGAGCUCCAAUCAGAAAAUCUGUCUUUUCUUAGGUCAGAGCUGCAAAUUUAAAAUAAAGACAAAAUAAUUUGGACUCCUAUUUUGGAUUUUUUUUUUGCUUUCCUUGGUUUCUUCUUGUCAGAAUUUUUGAUAGAUCAGACACUGAGCUUAAGGGCUCAGCGUCCCCAUAAUAGAACCUUACAGAACAGCGCUUGAGCUUCAUAUCGGGUUCCUAGCAGAACCACAGCAGGAACCCAGAGAUGACGGUGACAUACACGGCACGUGUGGCCAAUGCUCGCUUCUGCGGCUUCUCCAAGCUGCUUCUGGCCUGGAAGGGGAGCAUCUAUAAAGUUCUCUAUAAGGAGUUUCUGGCUUUUUUUGCCAUGUACACUGCCAUCAGCAUCACGUACAGAUUUGUUCUUGCUGACGAGCAGAAGAGACACUUCGAAAAGCUCUCAAUUUACUGCAACCAUUACGCCAGCCUCAUCCCCAUGUCAUUCGUCUUGGGUUUCUAUGUGACCGUGAUCGUGAACCGCUGGUGGAGUCAGUACACGUCCAUCCCUCUGCCGGACCGGGUGAUGUGUGCACUCUCGGGUGGUGUUCAGGGCGGGGACGAGCGCGGAAGGCUGCUGCGGCGUACACUAAUGCGCUACACCAGUCUGUCUGCUCUGCUCAUCCUACGCUCUGUCAGCACCGCCGUCUUCAAGCGCUUUCCCACCGUGGACCAUGUAGUGGAGGCGGGAUUUAUGACACGGGAGGAGAGGAAGAAGUUUGAGAGUCUGCACUCUCCCUAUAACAAAUACUGGAUCCCGUGUGUGUGGUUCGCUAAUCUGGCUGCUGUGGCUCGAUCUGAAGGCAGAAUCAAAGACAAUAACACGUAUAAACUGCUGAUGGAGGAGCUGAACCAGUUCAGAGAGAAAUGCAGUAUGCUCUUCCACUAUGACAUGAUCAGCGUGCCGCUUGUUUACACACAGGUGGUGACAUUAGCGGUGUACAGCUUCUUCCUGGUCUGUCUGAUUGGCCGUCAGUUUCUGGACCCGACUCAGGGCUACCCGGGUCAUGACCUCGACCUCUACGUCCCCAUCUUCACCCUGCUCCAGUUCUUCUUCUACGCUGGCUGGCUGAAGGUUGCAGAAGAGCUGAUCAACCCGUUUGGUGAGGAUGAUGAUGAUUUCGAAACCAAUUGGCUCAUAGACAGGAACUUCCAGGUAUCGAUGAUGGCUGUAGAUGAAAUGUACGGCGAUCUGCCCAAAAUGGAGAGGGAUCGUUACUGGAACGACUCAAACCCUCGACCCCCUUACACCGCCGCCACACUGUUUGUCCUUCGCAAGCCAUCCUUCCAGGGCUCCACCUUUGACAUGGCAAUUCCUAAGGAAGAGAUGCACUUCCAGCCUCUGGAAGAAAUCAGUGAGAACUUGGAAGAAUCCACGACUCGCAAUCAAAACCUCGCUCUGUUCAACCGACUCCUUAGCUCCGCCCCUUCUCCCUCCAGCAUUGUGGGCGGAGCCUUCAGCAGAACCUCUGCUCAGCUGCAGCGGUUGACACGCUCAGUCAGCCCUGACUCCUCCUACUCUGACGAGGAGGAGGAGGGGGAGAAGAAAAGGUAUGUCGGGCAAAACGAGGGAGCGGGAGGAUCUCUGCCGUCAGGUUUAGGAAACGACACCCAGAGCACCAUCUGCAGCUGCGGAGGAACCUCCAACACACGUGCUUCAAGCCAAGAGAUAAACAGAGGGCAUGAGGAAGACGGGUUGAAGAAAGAUAAGAACGAGAAUGACUUGCUGAAGAUUCCUCCACUUUGUACACGCGUGCUGAAGCAGAAAAUGAAGCCAAGGCUUUCUCCUUCCACCAAUACCAACCGCUCCACACCAGACUUCUUCUCCUUCCAGCCAAUCGGAGAUCAGGCCGAGAUCAUGACCCCAGAAUCAGCCAACAGAAAUGCACUGUCGGGUAUGAAGCUCUUGAACGUUCCGCUGUUUCCUGAAGCGCCACAGUGGACAUCUGAGGAACACAAACAGCGGCAGCGCAGCAUCAGCGUGGGCUCAGACGUCCACUGUUUGUCCAGCAGGGCUGAGGAAUGACAGAGCGACCUUUCACCUUUCACUUCAGCAUAUAAAAUGGAAGGGAUGAUACACAAAUUUAGGAUCAGAUCAAAAAUAUAAUUAGUAAUUAUAUUCACAAGGUAA